CCAGAACUGGGUCUAUAGACAUGACUGAUGUGUUGCUUGAAUUAUAGGGAAGAUUCUGAGGAGGAAGCAGCUUCGAUUGAGUCAGUCUCCACUGUCGUGACCAGGUCACCGGUUAGCCCGGCAUCCCCACAGUGGGAGGAGGGUGACCUGAGUCUGAGCCCCACUAGACCGCUACCUCUCGGCGCACGCUCACCAAACUACCUCCUGGACCGACAGAGUAAGUACCGACGGUCCGCCACGUUCAGCGAGGGCACGGAGAACCACGACCCCUCCUUCAGACUGGCACAGGAAACACGGGAGACGCUGAGGGAAGCCAUGAUGCGCGCCCGACAGGGCAGACGGGACAGGUCGCGGGAAAGGCCAAAGUCACUGCCUCCAGACACAGGCAUACAGGGGUUCAGGACGGGCAGUGAGAGGGAAGAGAGGAGAGAAGGCGGUAACCACAGAUUGUCAGAUCAGGUCAGGAUGGAAGUGGAGACGAUCUCAGAAGCGUCAACGUCUGCGGAGAGUUCCCCUCAGAGAUCCCUGCCCCCCAGACCCCCCUCCCAGCCUGAACUACCCCCUCAACACCCCUCACCUGACAGGGAAGUCAUCGUCAUCAAUAAAGAAGCCCCCAUCAAGGAUUUCGUCCCGUCUAACUUGAGAAAACUGACGGGGGACAUGUCAUCCAUGCCGGCGUUCCGCGUGGAGAGGGAAACCCGUCCGCGGGGGAGGAACGCGUCACGAGGUCCCCCUCCUCCGUACGAACAAGCCAAGAUGGACGGAAGACACUCCUUCAAGAGCGUCCCAGAAGUUUCUAAGCUACCCAUGGACGAAGUGGCAAGGAGGACUCGUCCGCUGACGGAACAGUUUUCUGCCAAGCUGGCCAUAUUUGAAGGAGGGUCGGAGAGCAAUGUCAUGAAAAGACCACCAAGGAAACAUUUUGCAGAACGAGUUUCAGAACUUCAGGUUUCAGAACUUCAAGAGGUUAGUGUAAAAACUCUGGCAAAAGACGAGAGUAUUGAAGAAGAAGAGUCCACUUUCCAAAGGGGGGUGGUAGGGAAAGGGGAAACAGAUGAUUCCACAAUAAGGACAACGAGGUACGUGCACAGAAUCUCACUCAGAUUCAAGAAGGACAAGGAGAAAUCCGAAUCUGCAGGUGCAAACCAGGAGGGUGCCUCCCCCCAGGCUGCAGAUUCAGCGCCUGCGAAUGUGCUGCCAGCUUCAGUGUACCCGAGUAAACAAAGUUUCAGGAAGGAGUCGUCAGAAGUUGCUAAGCUGGAAGACAUCCAAGACAGAUUUGCGCCUGCUCGGACUGUUCCUCCCCCCAACCAGGAAAGGUUGGCCAGGGAAAAGACCAAACAGUUCACCAGGAGGAUGGAUCCUGUGGAAAAUGUUAUCACCCUGCAGCAGGAGCCCAGUUAUUCUGGAUCUCCCAACAAGGAAGUGAAACACGAUAUCUCACCUUUUCCUGAGCCGAGGGACUCCCUCAGAGAACCCAGGACCAGCGCACCAGCACAGAAGCAGGAAGUGUCCCCAAAGUCUCCCACUACACCAGGAAGCUACUCAGUGACCAUAGUUGGAGGGGUGCCAGUCCGAAUUGGAAGUACAUCACAGGUACAGCAGAAUAUGCCGCCUCCAGAUCCACCUGUUCAGAGGAGACAAAAGAACAAGGUCACGGGCACUCAAAAAUACUCGAGGAGAAGAAUGUCUUGUAAGGACCUGGGAAAUGGAGACUGCCAAGGCUGGCUGUGGAAGAAGAAGGACCAGAAGAAGUUAUUUGGACUGAAGUGGAAGAAACUGUGGUUUGUGCUGAAGAAGUUCUCCCUCUACUACUACGCUGGUCCGGAGGCUCUGAAAGCUGAAGGAAUCAUCAACCUACCUGAAUACUCUGUGGUCUAUGCUACUGACACCGAAUGUGGCAGGAAAUUUGGAAUAAAAGCCUCCCAUUCAGAAAUCAAGACCUUCUUUUUUGCAACAGACAGUAAAGAGGACCGUGAUAGAUGGCUGAACAAGCUGCAGCUGGCAUCUAUCCAGUAUGACAGACAGAGUAUCCACGACGAGUCUCUCAAUAUUCUGGAGCUGGCUAAGCAGUGUCCAGCCAUCGUAGAGGGCUUCGGUUACUACAGCGAGAGUGAUGAAGAAAGUGAGCCUCCGUCCCCGAAUCCUGUAAGUCCUACCAAAAGAGAAGAGAAGGAGGGUUCCCCCGAGCGCCCAGUGUUUGAUGACAGCCCUGUUGUCAGCCCCCCUCCCACCAGUGCACCGGUUAGAACCAGUAUGAAGCGGGAACAGAAGAGGAAGCCCAGCUACCUGGCAGCGGUGGAUGGCGUGAACGGGACCAAGAAGAGCCCUCCCCCGGAGAAGAGACCCUCGUAUGAGCCUCCAAAACCCACGUGUGAGCCUCCAAGACCCACGUAUGAGCCUCCAAGACCUCCGUCCAACCCUUCAAGACCGACGUAUGAGCCUCAAAAACCCACGUAUGAGCCUCCAAGACCCACAUACGAACCUCCAAAACCCAAGUACAACCCUCCAAGACCGCCGUCCAACCCUCCAGUGUCACCAGAUCAAUGGGGCCAGUCUUCCACCACCAGCAGUGACUCAGAGUGCACCCACGUCACCCCCAUCUCCUCAACAUCUUCCUCCUCCUCUACCGCCUCCUCACCCAUGCUGGUAGUGCCUCCGCCGCCACAGUUUGGCUCAGAGUCCACGGACGAGCUGAAGAACCUGUACCGACAGUCUUGGAGCGUCUUACAGGAGGAGAAGAUGAUUAAGAUGCUGGAGUUUAGGCAAGAAAAGCUGACGGAGAAACAGGAGAAAGAGCUGAAGCUGCAGAAGCUCACAAGAGUGCUCAAGGAUAAAGAAGGCAACCUGGAGGCCAUUGACAGACUCCUCUCCAGUCCACAACUCACAUCCAAGGAUGUCCAGGACUGGAAGGAUCAGAAUCAACACAUACUGGAGGACGUAGAGAAGCACAAACAAGAGUCACAACAUCCCCCAACAUCCAGGCCCAACUCCCAGUCAGGACCGGUACCAAAACCACGGACUUCCAUCCACAGAAAUAGCCAAGGACCAAUAGAGGAAAUGACCCAGAGACUGAGCAUCACCAAACGUCCACUAAGCACAGAUUUGGACAGAAUAGAUCUAGAGAAUGAUGUGGGUAUCAAGCCGCCACUCUCUGAGAUAGAUGAUGAUGAGGAUGACAGUUAUUCCAGUACAAGCCUUUAAAAAAUUGAAACUACUGGUAUUAGGCCACACCAAUUUAAUUUGUUGGUUCUCGGAUUUUUCAUGAAAAAAUAUAAAGCAAACAUGUACAGGGUGAAAAAAAAAUUAAAACAGAUCUAGGCAUCCUAUUAUAGCUCCAAAUGCUACGAUAUGAGCCAUGAAGUCAACACGAAAAGCUGGGUUAAUGUUUAAAGAAUGAAUUUUGAACUUUUAAUCACUGCAUUGAUAGAUGGAAAAACUGUAACAAUUAGGAAGAAAAGGAUUUACCUUAACUGUUGGGGGCAAAAUAUAAGCCUUUUUUUUGUAAAUCAGAAAGAAAUGAAGAGGCGAAUCCAAGAACCAAUAAAUUAAAUUAGUGUGGCCUUAGCAUGACUGUAUAUAGGAACUUCUAACUUAUUGGCAUGUCGAGGAUGAAAGACAUCAAUUUUACUCAAAAAAGACAAUUUUUACUAAGCCUGGGAGCUUAGGAAGUUUAGAUUUUAUUAGAAAACG